AUGGCAGCCCCUCAAAUCCAAAUCGCCGCCGUGGUGGCAUCUCAGGAUUCUGGUUCUGAGGUGGUGAUCAAAAGUGAUCACCCUGUGCCAACUCCCGGAGCCGACGAGAUCCUUGUGAAGCUUGAGUUCUCGGGCGUGUGUCACUCGGAUUUACACAGCAUUCGCGGAGACACGCCGAUGUUGACCGAUGUAGCUGGCCAUGAAGGCGUGGGAAGGGUGGUCCAAGUGGGCUCCCAAAUUGACGGGGAGCAGUGGCUGGGAACACGAGUUGGCAUCAGAUGGCUCUACAGCUCUUGUCGGCAGUGCGAGAUUUGUGAAAUCAAUCAUACUGCCUGUCCGAAGCAGAAGAAUGCCGGUGCAAAUACGCCGGGCACUUUUCAACAAUACAUUGUUAGUCCAGCACUACAUGUGACCAAGAUCCCUGAACAGCUAUCGCCGGAAAGCGCAGCUCCUCUACUAUGUGCUGGCAUUGCAAUGUACUCUUCCAUUAUGAAGACCAAAGCCCGCCCUGGGGAUUAUCUUGCCAUCAUUGGUGCCGGAGGAGGACUCGGUCAUAUUGGAGAGAAAAAGAAACAACUCUGUCUAUCUCUCGGCGCUACCGAGUUCCUGGACUAUCAAGAAGUCGAUACCGUCGAGGCAAUCAAAGCCAAAACUGGCCUGGGUGUGCACGCUGUCAUCUGUACCGCCAAUGGCGAGCGAGCAUACCAGCAAAGCAUGCAGAUGCUCCGUCCUCUGGGAACUCUGGUUUGCGUCGGAAUUCCUAGUGUGCCGUUUAGUCUUCCAGCUACGCCGCUCGACAUGAUCGUUAGGGGCCUUACUAUUGUUGGCAACUCGGCGGGAACUUCAGACGAAAUGGAUGAGCUGCUGGCUAUGGCUGUCGCUGGUGAUGUCAAGGCCCAUGUUGAUGUCUAUGAGUUGCAUGAGAUCAAUGCUGUUCUGGAUCGCCUGCAACGCUCCGAUAUAGAUGGCAGGGUCGUGCUGAAGAUUCCUGAAUAG